AUGUAUGGUAGUAAACACAGAACAACGGAUGGUCUAUAUGAAACCCGGAAAGACGGUAGCGCCUAUUCGUCAACAAAACGAGAAUCGAAUUUACAAACACAUGAAUUUAAUGAUGAUUCAUCUAACCAUCGAAAAUAUAUUCGAACACAAUCUUCUUCAAAUAAUCGAACUGUACCAUCGUCAUCAUUUUCUCAGCAGCAACGUCAAAAUAAUGACAAAGAUAAGAAAACAGUUAAAGAUGCAAAAAAGCCGUUACGUGUAUAUGGUGAUUGGUCAGAAUUUAAAAGUUCAACAGGUAAAACAUAUUUUUACAAUUGUAAAACAGAAAUUUCUCAAUGGGAAAAACCAAAAGGAUGGCCAACAGAUGAAACAAUAUCUUCAUCUAUUCGAACAACUUCAUCAUAUUCUUCUACUGAUCGAACUAAAAAAGAAUCAACAAAUUCAAAUAGUUCACCUACAAUUCGUUCUCGAUAUAAGAUGGAAGAAUCAACAGAAAAUUCUCGUUAUCAACAAAAAGAUAUUCCUAUUCUUAAUUCAACUAUUAAAUAUGAACAAAAUGGUGAUAUACAUUCUCAUAUAUCAAAUAAUCAAAUACAAGAAUUAUUACCAUCAAAUGAAUCAUUUAAUACAAUUUCUAAUAUUCGUUUACCUAGUCCAAAUGAUGAUGAUAAUAAUUCUCGAAUGUCAUUUUCAUCGACGAGUAGUAAACAAUCAACAACUAUAAAUAUUUCUGAUAAUGGCAAUGUUUUACAUCCAUCAUCAUCAUCAUCAAUUGAACAAGCUAUUUCAGUAUCCACUCCAGUGUCUGAUAUGCCAAAUAAACCUCGGGAAAAAGAUUCAAUUGCUUUAAAUGGAUUAGAAACAAAAUCUUCAUCUACUCGAACAAUUAUUCCUUCUAUAACAACAACAGAACAAACUACAGAGAUCGAAUCUUCUACUCCAUCUAUUACAAAAAUUGAACGUGAUCAAGAAAUUCAAAAAUAUUAUCGUGGUAGUUUAAUUCAACAUUUAACUGAUUGGCCAUCAACUCAAUUAGAAAAACAGUGUUUAAAACUUUUUGAUGAUUAUUAUGGUUAUAGUGCUAAAAUGUCAACAGGAUUUAUUGAACUUAAAGCAUUAAAGUCGAACUUUCGCGUACUUGAAAUUAAACAAAAUAUUUUAAGACAGAGACUUCUCCGGUGUCAACAACAUGUUAAAAAACGAGAAGAUGAUAAACUGUUAUAA